GCAGUCGACUAGCUCCUCAACUCCCAAGACACACUCUCUCACACAGACACUCCACACAUGCUGCAUAUUAUGGUGGUUCCCUGUGCUUGUGUCUCUUCGGUGUUUCCCAGGAUAGGGGACGACUGACCGAGCCUCAGUCUUCUCUCUGAAAAACACUACAAAGAAAGACAUCACAAAGAAUCUCUCUCAGGGCCUGGUUGUCCAUUCACGGAUGUUGAGAUGACCUUAUACUGACUGGGGUCCUAGCUUUUCAGUCCUACCUCCAUUACCAUUACAUUCAGACAUGUCCUUGGACGCCGUGGGGCAGUCUCCGAGGAGGGUGGCGAAGCCUCCUCCACCUCCCGUGCCACCGAAGCGCUACCAGGCCAAGGACAUCCCCGUCUCCCUGCCCGUCUCCCUGCCCGUCUCCCUGCCCGUCUCCCUGCCCAUCUCCCUGCCCGUCUCCCCGCCUGUCUCCCUGCCCGUCUCCCCGCCUGUCUCCCUGCCCGUCUCCCUGGCCGUCUCCUCGUCCGUCUCCUCGCCCGCUUCCUCGCUUGUCUCUUCGGUUGUCUCUUCCUCGUCACCAGAUGCGCGUAAGCAGAGCGCAGUGGAACGCUUAGCCGCCGACAAGACUAAAUAUGCCAGGAGGCAACCAGGACCCAUCGCCAAGGCUCCGCCAAUCAAACCUUUGGCUGCGGUGCGCAAACAACUGGUCCCGACCCCUUCCCACAGCUCUGGCCAAUCCCAACCCAGUCCGCAGAAGCCCAUGCGGAAGGUGGCACACACCCCUGCGACUCACUCUGGGGGACCCCAGCUGGACAUGCAGCGCCUGUCAAUCCUGAUCAAUGGGAUGGAUGAGCUUCCCUCACUCCCAGACCCAGCCCCAGCCCCAGCCCCGGCCCCUCAGACGGCUGCUCAGCCCACGCGGAAGGUGGUACCCACCCCUGGGUCUCACUCUGGGGGGCCCGUGCUGGACCUGCAGCACCUGACCGACCUGAUCAGUGACGUGGGUGAGCCCCCCUCACCACCAGCCUCUCAGAGGGCUGCUGCCUCAUCCUCCUCACAGAGCAGCGACGGCGGUGAUGGUGAUGGAGAUGAGAACUGCGCCGCUUCUACCCUGUCUGCAGGGGCCUCUUCUACCCUAUCUCCACAACUGUCCCUCGACAUGUCUGACACCUCUACCCCCUCAGAGCUGCAUUCCCCUGCCUCCUCCUCUCUCAGCGACCCGCUGAAGUUGGCACCAGAUGCUGCCGGGGCUGGGCAGGGGGCUCCCGCCGUGUCUGUGCGGAGGAUGGAUGUCAAGCCGCAGGUGGCACAGGUGAGGAAAGGCAUGCGGGUGCCCCUGCAGAGCCGCAUGCCUGGGCAGAUGCAGAUGCAGAUGCAGAUGCAAAUGCAGAUGCAAAGGCAGAUGCAGAUGCAGAUGCAGAUGCAAAGGCAGAGGCAGAUGCAGAUGCCAAUGCAGAGGCCGAUGGCACCCCAUGCACAGUCACAGUCACAGGCACAGCUCAUGUACUACCUGAAGGCUCAGAUGGCCUCCAAAAAUGCCUCCUUACAUCCCAAAAAUGCCCCCUUGGUGCCCCCAGCUAGACUACCCCUGAGUGCCCCUCAAGCAGUGGCGGGGGUCGCAGCUGGACCCACCAACCCCAGUCAGCCGUGGCCAACCCCCCAGCUAAACUCCAACGGCAGCCCCCCACCCAUGUCUCCCACUGUCCCCAUCCCUCCACAGCCAGGGUCCGGGUCAGCCACCUCUCAAAGCUCCUCUACAGGCCCUCCUGCUCCCACCCAGCGCACUGUGCCCCCUACUGGUGAUAAACCUGAUGUGCAGCCCAAGCGCAUUGCCCCCGUCCCACCGCUGCCCUCCCCCCUGAGUCCGUUCCUGCAGGCCAACUCUCCCGUGCCGUCGCCCUGCCCAUCCCUCACGCGUCUCUCCUCCACCAGCUCCCGCAAGCGGCCCUCGCUCACGCGCUCCAAGUCGGACGUGAGCGAUCGUUUCUCGCGCGCCGACGCCGACCUGGAGCGCUUCUUCAACUACUGCGGCCUGGACCCGGCCGACCUGGACGAGCUGACGCAGGCCGGCUCGGACAUCGCCUCCGUGUCCCGGCUCCGCAGCGCCAGCGCGCCCGCCUCCGAGUGCUCCCAGGCCCAAGACAACGAGGGCGGCGGAGACGACAACGACGACGACAAGCGCACCCCCUACAACAUCUCGGUCAUCGAGAGGAACGCCAGGGUGAUCAAGUGGCUGUACGGAAUGCGCCAAGUGAGGGAUACUGCCCGAGUCGCCAACAUCUAGCUAACGAGACCGUCUACCCAGAGGAGUGGCCAUGUUCACAGUUAGCCACCAUAAACUUCAGCUUCUGUUUUGGACUUUGGUCUUUUUGGCCGAGCGCCUACAAAAUUUAUUGUCCUUUAGUCUGAUAGGCCAGUGGCCAUCUUUAUGCUGCUGUCUCAAGCUCAAGACCUCGUCUGUGAAAAUACUUGUAAGAUUACAUCAAAGGUUUUUAUUUUUCACUAUUUCUCUUUAUACCUCCACCUGGGACCAGACCUCAGCCCUUCUCAAGCAUUGCUGUAUGUAUGGAGCAGUUAAUGUGUAAAAACAGGAGAUCCACCAGUUAUUUAUUGUAGAGGCGUAGAUCAGUGGAUAACAGAUAUGUUGUUGGAGUGGGGAGAUCAACAGGACAGUGAAUUGCCUUAUGUCUUGUGACGCUACAGCUAAAAUAGAUAGAGUCUGGGUACAUUAGUGAAACAAAAAUGUAAAAAGAAAACACUACAAGUAGGACUAAUUAAAUAAUCAGUUCAGAUGCAGUGAAUAUUGGUGUACGUAUGUUUGUAAUUGUCUAUAGGCCUGUGGUUUAUAAAUCCAAAUGAGUUUGUUGACCCACCUAUGCUACUCUUCUGCUCAUUGUUUUAACGUGGGAUUUUGGGAUGUCAUUGUUGGACACGUGUGAUGUAGGCCUAUGAGUGUGGUCCCAAAAUUUGUGCAGUCCUUCAGACUGGCUAUGAGAAUUCAUGCAGUCUGUAACUACAGUAAGUGUUGCAUGCUUGUGAAAUGGAUAUCAGGGCCAAACCGAAAUUAAAACUUGGCACCUUGAAAUAAAGACUUGAAUAAAGACCUUAAUAUAA